UUUUUAAUUUUUUUAUUUAUAUAUAUUUUUUUGGCACUGAAGAGAGCUUCAGAGAAAAAUAAAAAAGAAGGCUGAGAAAUUGUCAGAAAUCUGACACACUGACAACACUUUAAUCUCACUUUCUCUCUCACACACCACAUUUACACUCACACACCAUUUGUUGUGAGUGAAAGAGGCUUUUUUAUCGGUUUUGCUUUUUGGGGUUUUGAUUUUUUUUUUUUUUUUUUUUUUUUUUUUGGGCUUUUGAAAUACGCUUUUUAAUUAAUAUGUCAAGGACCUGCACUGCACCUGUAGUGGUGUGUGGUGAUACUUGCUGUCCUGUCACGUUCGCAGUUGUUUCAGGUUUUGCUUUUUGGCGUUAGAAAUUUACUCUCAUCACAUUGUCUCUCCAUCUCUAUCUUUAUCUUUCUUCACUUUCCCUCAAAUCCCAAUUUUGGGUCUUUAGUUUGUUCUGUCUCUUAAAAACUUGAAGCUCAUGUGAAAAUGGAGGCUCUACUACCUCAUCAAAGUGGUGGAGGUGGACCCCAGAAGUUGUUUGGAAAGGCAUCGACGGUGAAGGUUGAAGCUGUAAAGGAAAUUGCACAAGAAGAAGCACAACAACCGUGGAUCAAGCUUGGUCUUGGGAUUGGUGCUAGUUGUAGUAGCUCUUGUGAUGAAGCAAAAAACCCCGUGACUAUUGCUAUUGGUAGUAGUAGUAGCUGCUCUUGUGAAGAUGCACAAAGACACGAAAAGCCUGUGUUAUUGACACCAACUCAGCUGCAUGAGCUUCAACAACAGGCUCUCAUCUACAAGCACUUGGCAGCUGCUCUCCCUGUUCCUCUUCACCUCGUCAUUCCCGUUUGGCAGAGCGUGGCUAGCUGUUUUGGUCCCGCUAUUUAUGACCAAUAUCCUAGCUUUAUAGGUUAUUUUAGCCCCAAGGGAUUUGACUAUAGGACCAUGAUGGAUCCUGAACCAGGAAGGUGUCGAAGAACUGAUGGGAAGAAAUGGAGGUGUGGUAAGAAUGUGGUUCCAGAUCAGAAAUACUGUGAGCGGCACAUGCACAGAGGCCGUCAGCGUUCAAGAAAGCCUGUGGAAGCUUUUAAAAUUGCGUCUCCUUCAGAGUCAACACCAUCCAACAAGUUGACUGACAAAUUAGCAGAGUUGAAAACCAAGCAUGGUAAUUCACCUGCUGUAGGCCUUCAACUCAUGACUCCAUCUUGUACUAACAGUGCCAACAGCCAUAGUACCUCCACCACCACUAACACCAACACCCCCAGUAGCAAUAUUGGAAGCAAGAAAAAUGAAAUUUGUGAUGCUGUUACCACCAGAACCCCGAUCUCUGCGACUACCAUACCUGUCACUGUUACCGCAAGCAUCACAACUACCCCUGCUACUGCACCCACUCUCACUGCUAAUUCCAACAACAAAAUUGACCACAAUACUGACAGGAAAGAUAUGAGUGGCAACUAUUCCUGUUACAAUGCCACCAUGAAAAGCAGCAGAAAAAGGGUUAACAACAUAAAUAUUGGCAUGUCAACAGGAUUGGACUUCUCACCGAAGAGUGUUCUUCAAGUUCAAGGUUGCAGUGGUUCAUGCUUUGGAGACCGAAAUGGGAAUGAACUUGAACCAGGGAGAUGUAGAAGAACAGAUGGAAAGAAGUGGCGGUGCAGCAGGGAUGUGGUUCCUGAUCAGAAGUAUUGUGAGCAGCACAUGCACAGAGGUGCCAAAAAGCGUGUGGCAGCCUCCCAAACAAUAUCUGUUCCCCCUGUUUCCACUGCUGCAAGUCAUAGAGCUCCACCAUAUUGUUCUACAAAUAUACCCAACAAAGCAGCUUGUGCAAUCCCAAACACAAAUCUCUCCAUUUCAAUCCAAGCAAGUCCUCAAUUAAUACACAAUGAUGAAAAGAGUACCAGCAGUAGCAGUGACACCACAAUUACGGACACCAGCAUCGCUGCCAAUGAAUAUGGUUAUGUUUCUUCGUAACGAUGCUGUCUACAAGACUAAUUUUUUAAUCUUUUAAGUGCUUUCAUACAAUUGCAAGUGGCUGGGAAACCGGUUUUGAGGCAUUGUUGCAUGCAGAGGUAACGGUGAUUUUAUUUGUGUUGUGUAAGGAGGAGAUAUAUAACCGAUGAGCUUCUUGUUCUGUAUCUUGUAACUAUCGAGAGGCCUAUUUUGUUAAAAUGGAAGCCUUGUUUGUAAGUAUACAAGGCCUUUUUUUCUUA